CUGGCCUUGCCCACACGUGCAUGUUGACAUCCACACUUAAAUGCAUGUAUUGAAAUACCUUGUUUGUUUUUUUCUCCUUUCUAAGAGCCAGAAGAUAUCACGAGCAGCAUUUGUCAUACUGAUCAGGAGAUGGAGACAAUCCAAUUUGCUGUUGGAAGAGCUCGCCCUUAAUCCGACUGCUUCAGAAGACAGUCGUGAAACCUUGAAGGAGUCGGCUGCCGUCAGCACCGGACCUAAUGAGGGAUCUAACCUAAAACUGAACAGUGAGCCAGCUCUUCCCGAGGCAGCUUCCCAGGACUCACCCACCGUCGAACUGGACUCCAUUUUGCAAGAUCUGUUGAGCCUGGCAUCAGGGGACACAGCCCCUUCGCCGCUUCUACAGGAGCAGUCUGAUGAGAAGAAAACAAAAGAUGGUCAAGGGGAUUUUGACUCCAAGGCUUCAGUCGGGGGCAAAGACUCAGACAGCAUUGAUGAUCUUCUCGGAGGCCUGAGCACUGACUUUGAAAAGAUUGGAGUCCACACUGCAGCCAAGGGCCGCUGUGCCGCCUGCAACAAAGUGAUUGUGGGAAAGAUGCUGGCGGCUUUAGGGAAAAUGUGGCACCCGCAGCACUUUGUGUGUGUGACGUGUCAGACGGAGCUGAGUACCACAGGCUACUUUGAGCGGGACGGACGCCCGUACUGCCGGGAAGACUACGAGAAGCUCUUUGCGCCGCGCUGCGCCUACUGCAAGGGGCCCAUUGUGCAGAACAUCCUGACAGCUCUGGACCAGACCUGGCAUCCGGAUCACUUUUUCUGCGCACACUGUGGAGAUUUUUUUGGCGAUGACGGUUUCCUGGAGAAGGAUGGGAAGCCUUAUUGUUCCGCCGACUUCUACCGCCUCUUCGCCCCCAAGUGCGCAGGCUGCGGGGGGUCCGUGACGAAAGACUACCUGAGCGCAGCCAACGACACGUGGCAUCCGGAAUGCUUCGUCUGUGCGGACUGUCUGAAGCCCUUCUCCGGCGGCCGCUUCAUGGAGCUGGACGGCCGCCCGCUGUGCCAGAAGGACUUCCACUUGCGUCAAAGCACUUUGUGCGGCAGCUGCCGUCAGCCCAUCGUGGGCCGCUGCAUCUCAGCUCUGGACAGCAAGUUUCACCCGGAGCACUUUGUGUGUGCUUUUUGUCUGCGGCAGCUCAGCCAAGGAAUCUUUCAGGAGCACAAAGGCAGACCGUACUGCUCGACGUGCUUUAACAAACUCCUUGUGUGAUGUAUAGAAAUAUAAAGAAAGCAAUGUUAUUAUAGUUUGUCACCAUUUUUUUUAAGAAACUAUGAGUGACCAAUUAAUUCUUUUUUUACUGUAAUACAAUUAUUGAUGAAUGA